UAUUUAUAUAUCAUUCAAUGUCCGAAUUAAACACACAAAGAACAAUGACUGACCAAUCAUUAUUUAAAACGCAGUAAGCAAAUCUGCUAGUGAUAACUUUGGUGUUUACAAGUGAGAUUGUUACAAUACUCAGGAAAUUAUUUAUUGUACUUUAUUUAUUUUUGUGAAAAUGAAGUAUCUGUUUUUACUUUGCAUUAUCUGUGAUUUAUUUAUAACAAUAUUGAGUUAUAAGCCAGUUUUUUUACUUCAUGGAAUCAUGACAGGAAGUGCUAGUAUGGAAAUAAUCAAAGGUCGGAUUGAGGAACAACACCCCGGUACAAUAAUUUACAACACUAAUCGAUUUUCUGGUUGGUCAAGUCUGGAAAACAUGUGGUAUCAAGUCCAGCAGCUUGGCCAAGAUCUCCUAAACGUUUCAAGUCAACAUCCUGAAGGGAUACACUUAUUAGGUUAUUCACAAGGGGCUCUCCUUUCACGAACAAUUCUACAAACAUUUAACAAUCACAAUGUUCAUAAUUUUAUCUCACUCAGUGGCCCCCAAGCCGGUCAGUAUGGAACGAAUUUUUUACAUUUGAUUUUCCCAGACUUGGCACUCAAAUCAGCUUUUGAAUUAUUUUACUCGAGGGUAGGCCAACACACCUCAGUCGGUAAUUACUGGAACGACCCUUACCACCAAACUUUAUACAAAGAAUAUUCCCAAUAUUUACCAUUCGUGAACAAUGAAAUUAUUUCAAACAGAAGUGAGGAGUUCAAGAAGGGAAUAACUAAACUUAACGCAAUGGUGCUGAUUGGGGGCCCUGAUGACAACGUGAUAACCCCCUGGGAGUCAAGUCAGUUUGGAUAUUUUGGCCAAAAUGAUACAGUGGUCAACUUAAUCGAUCGUGAUAUUUACAAGGAUGAUCUUAUUGGACUGAAGACUUUGGAUAAGGCUGGAAAAUUAAAAAUUAUCACUGUCCCUGGUGUUAACCAUUUUAUGUGGCAUCUCAAUACCUCAAUCGUCGACAAUUAUAUUUUACCAUACCUUGAUUAAGUCAACACCAAACUGUAGUCAACAAUUAAUAAAACCUGAAAACUA